UGUCACAAGACUAUACCAUUCAAACAUGUCGGUUUACAGAUAUUCUGUAUGGUUUGUCAAAGGUUUACGAGAAUACACCAAGACAGGCUUUAUAGCUGCACAAAAAUCCUUCAAACCCGAUGCAUUGGACGCAGACAUCAGCCAGAGAUCGUUCAUGAUCACCGGCGCAAACAGCGGAGUUGGAAAAGCCACUGCUAUCGCCUUAGCCAAGAAGGGUGCUUUUGUUCAUAUGGUUUGUCGUGACCAGGGAAGAGGAGAACAAGCAAGAGAUGAGAUCGUAGAGAUCUCUGGCAAUAGCAAGGUGGAGCUGCAUAUACUAGACAUGUCACAGCCUUCAACUGUUCGUAAAUUUGCUCGUGAAUUCGUUUCUUCAGAGAGACCUUUACACGUCCUAGUGAAUAACGCAGGAUGUAUGGUAAACCAAAGAGAGCUAACUACUGAUGAGCUUGAAAAGAACUUUGCUACUAACACUUUGGGGACAUAUAUCUUAACGAAGGAGUUGAUUCCUUGUCUAUCAAGGAAUGAAUCACCCAGAGUCAUCACUGUUUCUUCAGGUGGAAUGCUUCUCGUUAAGCUUGACCAUACUGACUUACAGUCUCAAAACAUGAGUAAGUUUGAUGGAGCCCUGGUUUAUGCCCAGAACAAGAGACAGCAAGUGGUGAUGACAGAGCGAUUGGCAGACAAGUAUCCAAACAUUUAUUUUGCGUCCAUGCAUCCUGGUUGGGCCGACACCCCAGCUGUUCGCACCUCCAUGCCAGACUUCUACAAUCGUACUAAACAUGUCCUACGAUCAGCAGAGCAGGGUGCAGAUACAAUCAUAUGGCUGUGCAUCACACCCAAUGUUUCCCAGCAUCCAAAUGGGUCAUUUUUUCAGGACAGGAAUCCAGUUCCCAAGCACCUUCCACUGGCAUGGACAAAAUCUUCAUUAGAAGAAGAGAAUGAACUAAUGCUUGCAUUAGAUGAAAUGUCAAAUAAAUUUGAAUAAAAAUAAGCAAAGCA